GGGACUCCGGCCAUUCCUGCGGGCCCGAGUGGAGUCACAACUCUGGUCUCCGGUCCCGUGGUGGCAGAAGCAUGGAUGUCGACGGCCGGUGGCGGAGCCUGCCUAGCGGGCCAAGCCUAAAGCAUUUGACCGACCCUUCGUACGCGAUUCCCCCGGAGCAGCAAAAGGCGGCGUUGCAGGACCUGACGCGGGCGCACGUGGACUCCUUCAACUACGCGGUGCUGGAGGGGCUGAGCCACGCGGUGCAGGCCAUACCUCCCUUUGAAUUUGCUUUCAAAGAUGAGCGCAUCUCUCUUACUAUUGUGGAUGCUGUGAUCAGUCCGCCGUCGGUGCCCAAAGGGACCAUCUGCAAGGAGCUCAGCGUUUAUCCAGCUGAGUGCCGGGGCCGAAGGAGCACCUACCGCGGGAAGCUGACGGCUGACAUCAGCUGGGCAGUGAAUGGAGUCCCCAAAGGGAUCAUUAAACAGUUUCUCGGCUAUGUUCCCAUCAUGGUAAAGUCUAAGCUUUGCAACUUGUACAACCUUCCUCCUCAAGCCCUCAUUGAGCACCAUGAGGAGGCAGAGGAAAUGGGAGGUUAUUUUAUAAUCAAUGGCAUUGAAAAAGUCAUCCGAAUGUUGAUUAUGCCUCGGAGAAAUUUCCCCAUUGCGAUGAUAAGGCCAAAGUGGAAAAGCAGAGGCCUUGGCUACACUCAUUUCGGGGUUUCGAUGCACUGUGUGCGAGAAGAGCAUUCCGCUGUCAAUAUGAACCUUCACUAUGUGGAGAAUGGCACUGUUAUGUUGAACUUUAUUUACCGGAAGGAGCUGUUUUUCCUUCCUUUGGGAUUUGCGCUGAAGGCUCUCGUGAGCUUUUCUGAUUAUCAGAUUUUCCAGGAGCUCAUCAAAGGCAAAGAGGAAGACUCUUUCUUUAAGAAUUCUGUUUCUCAGAUGUUGAGGAUUGUGAUGGAAGAGGGUUGCUCCACGCAGCAGCAGGUCCUUAACUAUCUGGGAGAACGCUUCAGAGUGAAGCUCAGUCUUCCUGACUGGUACCGGAACGAGGAAGCUGCCAAGUUCCUGUUCAAUGAGUGCAUCUUUAUCCACUUGAAGUCCGAUACUGAGAAGUUUUAUCUGCUUUGUCUCAUGACCCGGAAGCUCUUUGCUUUAGCCAGAGGAGAGUGCAUGGAGGACAACCCUGAUAGUUUAGUGAAUCAAGAAGUCCUUACGCCUGGUCAGCUCUUCCUGAUGUUUCUGAAGGAAAAAAUGGAAAAUUGGCUAGUGUCUAUUAAAAUAGCUUUAGAUAAGAGGGCUCAGAAGACCAAUGUAUCCAUAAACAAUGAAAAUUUGCUGAAGAUAUUUAGUAUGGGAUCAGAACUAACAAAACCAUUUGAAUAUCUUCUUGCUACUGGGAAUCUGCGUUCAAAAACAGGUCUCGGCUUCCUGCAAGAUUCUGGCCUGUGUGUUGUGGCUGACAAGCUGAACUUCAUUCGCUAUCUCUCCCACUUCCGCUGUGUGCACAGAGGGGCAGACUUUGCCAAGAUGAGGACCACCACAGUGCGCAGGCUGCUUCCAGAGUCCUGGGGCUUCCUCUGCCCUGUGCAUACCCCAGACGGGGCACCGUGUGGGCUGCUGAACCACCUGACUGCCGUGUGUGAGGUCGUCACCAAGUUUGUGUACACAGCGUCUGUUCCAGCCUUGCUCUGUGGCUUAGGAGUCACUCCUAUCGAUGGGGCACCUUGUCGGCCCUACAGUGACUGCUACCCUGUCCUGCUGGAUGGCGUCAUGGUGGGCUGGGUGGACAAGGAGCUUGCUCCUGACGUUGCAGAUGCUCUACGUCGCUUUAAGGUGUUGAGAGAAAAAAGAAUUCCUCCUUGGAUGGAGGUGGUCCUGGUCCCCAUGACAGGAAAACCGAGCCUAUACCCAGGACUGUUCCUCUUCACCACUCCCUGCAGGCUGGUGAGGCCUGUGCAGAACUUGGAACUGGGUAAAGAAGAACUCAUUGGAACUAUGGAACAGCUCUUCAUGAACGUUGCCAUUUUUGAGGAUGAGGUUUUUGCUGGAGCUUCCACACACCAGGAGCUCUUCCCUCACAGCCUGCUGAGUGUGAUCGCCAACUUCAUCCCCUUCUCCGAUCAUAACCAGAGUCCUCGGAACAUGUACCAGUGCCAGAUGGGUAAACAGACCAUGGGCUUCCCACUGCUCACUUAUCAAGACCGAUCAGAUAAUAAACUCUACCGUCUUCAGACACCUCAAAGCCCUCUAGUGAGACCGUGCAUGUAUGACUAUUAUGACAUGGACAACUAUCCAAUUGGGACAAAUGCCAUUGUAGCUGUGAUCUCCUAUACUGGCUAUGAUAUGGAAGAUGCCAUGAUUGUGAAUAAGGCUUCUUGGGAACGAGGCUUUGCUCAUGGAAGUGUCUACAAGUCUGAGUUCAUAGACCUCUCUGAAAAAUUUAAGCAAGGGGACGAUAGUCUUGUAUUUGGGGUCAAACCUGGUGACCCACGGGUUAUGCAGAAAUUGGACGAUGAUGGAUUGCCAUUCAUAGGAGCAAAGCUGCAAUUUGGUGACCCCUACUACAGCUACCUAAACCUUAACACUGGGGAAGGCUUCGUGGUUUACUAUAAGAGUAAAGAAAAUUGUGUUGUGGACAACAUCAAAGUGUGUAGUAAUGACUCGGGCAGCGGGAAAUUCAAGUGUAUCUGUAUUACCAUACGAGUCCCUCGGAAUCCAACUAUUGGAGAUAAAUUUGCCAGCCGUCACGGACAGAAGGGCAUUUUGAGCAGACUGUGGCCCACUGAGGACAUGCCUUUCACUGAGAGUGGGAUGGUGCCGGACAUUCUGUUUAACCCUCAUGGCUUUCCCUCCCGGAUGACCAUCGGCAUGUUAAUCGAAAGUAUGGCUGGGAAGUCUGCAGCUUUGCACGGUCUCUGCCACGAUGCUACACCCUUCAUCUUCUCUGAGGACAGCUCUGCCUUAGGGUACUUUGGGGAGAUGUUAAAGGCCGCUGGCUAUAACUUCUAUGGCACCGAGAGAUUGUAUAGCGGCAUUAGCGGGAUGGAGCUGGAAGCAGAUAUUUUCAUCGGUGUGGUUUAUUACCAGCGCUUACGCCACAUGGUGUCAGACAAGUUUCAAGUUAGGACAACUGGAGCCAGGGACAAAGUCACCAACCAGCCUGUCGGGGGAAGAAACGUUCAGGGCGGGAUCCGCUUUGGGGAGAUGGAACGGGAUGCCCUCUUGGCACAUGGCACGUCCUUUCUCCUUCAUGAUCGGCUCUUCAACUGCUCUGACCGCUCAGUCGCCCACGUAUGUGUGAAAUGUGGCAGUUUGCUCUCCCCACUACUUGAGAAACCUCCUCCUUCUUGGUCUGCUAUGCGCAACAGAAAAUACAACUGCGCUGUCUGUGGCCGCAGCGACACCAUCGACACUGUCUCUGUGCCAUAUGUUUUCCGGUAUUUUGUAGCUGAGUUGGCAGCUAUGAAUAUCAAAGUAAAACUGGAUGUCAUUUAACUUGAUCCCGACAGUUAGCAUUUCAGGCAAAUGCCUAGCCAGCGCCCAGGGUCCUACGGCAAUACAUCAUGUCAUCUAUGCACAUGCACUGUGUGGCAGAGGAAUGCACUAGGACCCCCUUCAAAGGCAAGCUCCAUCCAUUCCUCGUUCUUUCCCAUAGCUCCUCCUAGAGGCAAGCAGGCAGACAGGCCUUUGCGCCUCUCCCUUCCAAUCCCUCCCUCUCUCUCUCUCUCCCUUCUCUUCUUUUCUCCUCAACUCUUGUCCCCCGCUUAAUAAAUCCUCCAUGUGAGCCCUGACACACAAUGUGUCUGUCUGCUCUUGCCCGCCAUUUUUAACAACAUUAGUGCUAUGUGACGACUUGGCAGGUCAUCCUGGUGCUUCCUCCUGCCCACUGGCAGUCUGAGGUGCACUGGGACCCUGAACCUGGUUCAGCUACAACUCCCCAACACCAGCUACUAUGAUUGUUGAGUCUCCCCUCAAGAAGGGGGCGGUGGGGACACCACCUUCAGGGCUACGCUGGUCCCUUUUGCCAGCAAUCACCUCUGGCCAUUCCCCAUGAGUGAGGUCUUGUCCAUCAGACCUACGUGCCCCUCGGGCUUAGCCCCUUGGCUCCUGCCCUCUGUGUGAUGACCCACUGGGCAGCUUGUGCAUUUCUCUUCUCUCUGACCCGCACGUCCCUCGGGCUUAGCCCUGACCCCUGCUCUCUUUGACGAAUCACUGAGCAGCCUGUGCUACCUCAAUUGAUCCUCACUUAAUUUCUGGGAUGCUAGAAAUUCUAAACCCAUUGGAUCUGUUUUUUUCGUUUUGUUUUUUUUCUUCUCUGCCUCACCCAUGGGGAAUACGCCUAACAAUAAUAUAAUCCGCUUUGGGGAGAUGCAACGGGAUGCUCUGAAACCUGCUGAAGUUUGUUUCGUUACAUUUGUUUACAAGUGUUCUUAAAUGACUUCUUUAAAAUGACUUGUUGGUCGUAGAUCAUGCAGGGACACCUCCUUCCCAGGCCCAGGUUCACUGUUCCUUGCUUGCAGCAGCAGAGUGUCUGUCAUCAUCCAGGGCAGGGCGGUAUAGUAAACAGAAAAUGGAAGCCACAAAUGUAAUUUUUAUUUAUAUACAUGUAGACUUAAGCUAUUUCAUGUAUAUAAUUUGAUGGAUUAUAACAUAGGUAUUGUCUGUGAUGUCAUCAUGGUCAAGGUAAAUAAACAU